GCGCAGUUUUUCUUAGCGUCUGUUUCCAUAGUGACUCGUCGAUUCGCCACUCUGUUGAGAAUGUCUUGAGUCUUAACCAGGAACAUACUCUUUGUUGAAUGAACUUACUCCCGGAUGUGUUUUUGGAACCAACAUACCUCGAGUAAGCUUUGGGUUAAUCAACCGAAUGUUCAGGGUUUAGUGGAUGGCAAAAGGAUUCUGAGUGAAAAAUGCCUCCCCCUGAUGGGUGCCACCACAACCCAAAUGAAGAUGAUGUGAAUUCUCCUACCAGUCCUUUGAACUUCCUGGAUCAGAACUACCAGGAGCUGCACCAGACCUGCCUCACUGAAAACACACUCUACAAUGAUGAGUUGUUCCCUCCAGACAACAGCUCCAUUGGCUUGUUUAAUCAUUUGCCACCUGAGGUGGACAUGUCUGAAGUUGCAUGGAAGCGGCCAUCUGAAUUGGUUUCAAACCCUAAUUUAAUUGUAGAUGGCAUGUCCAGGUUUGACUAUGCACAGGGAAGUGUAUUAGGAAACUGUUGGUUUUUGGCUGCAAUUGGGGCUCUAACUUUUGAGAAGGAUAUCAUAAAACAGGUCAUGCCAGCUGAACAGUCAUUCACCAAGAAUUAUGCUGGGAUAUUUCAUUUUAGGUUCUGGCGAUUUGGGAAAUGAAUUGGUGUUGUUAUUGAUGACCAGCUUCCAACUAUUGAUGAUGAACUUCUUUUUGUGUGUUCAAAAACAUCUAAUGAGUUUUGGCCUGCCUUACUGGAGAAAGCUUAUGCAAAGGUUUGUGGGUCCUACGCUGACUUGCAAGCUGGUUUCAUAUCUGAGGCCCUGAUGGACUUCACUGGUGGGACGCAUAUGUAUUAUACACUGAAUAUGGCUCCUGCUGAUUUGUGGAAAAUCAUGAAAUGUGCAUUAAAGUCAAAAACGCUUAUGGGCUGUGGCUCUAAUACAGUGACAACACCUGAAGAAAAUGAGUUACUUCAUGGCAUAGUUGCAGAGCAUGCUUACACAGUGACAGGGGUUUUUGAGGUGAUGAGUGAAGAAAAUCCAGUCCAGCUGGUAAGAUUGUUUAACCCAUGGGGCGAAGAAGAGUGGCAAGGACACUGGAGUGAUGGAUCACCCUUAUUGGAGACAGUUUGUGAGAAGGUCCGCAACAUUUGCCAUGAAGUUUUAAAUGAUGGGGAGUUCUGGAUGGCAAUGGAAGACUUUACCAACAUUUUUGAAAACAUAGACUUCUGUUGUCUCUGUCCUGAUUUUCUGGAUGGCUCUGGUGAAUGUCACUGGACCUCAAAACGACAUUUUGGCAGAUGGAAUGCUGGGAUUUCAGCGGGUGGUGACAUAAUUAAGACAGAGACUUUCUGGACAAACCCUCAGUUUCGGGUGAAAAUUUAUGAGCUUAAUAAGGAAUGUGCUAGUGACCAGUGUCCUGAAAAUAUACUGGUGUCCCUCAUUCAGAACCAUGAAAAGAGAAACAAGCAAGAAAAUUUUAAGAUUGGCUUCUAUGUUUUUGAGAUACCACUUGAGAUGAGAAAUCAAAGUGGGAGGUUUUCAUCUGAGUUCUUCAUUGACAGAGAGCCUGUGGCACAGACUGAUGAAUUAGUAUGGUUUAGAGAGGUGAUGAAAUUCUUCAAACUGGAGCCGGGAGAGUAUAUGAUAGUACCUUGCACAGAGAAUCCUGGUGAAACUGCCUCCUUCAUCCUGUCUGUUUUCUCAAAGAAUGAGACACACUUGGAACAUAUUCAAGAAACUCCUGAGUAGAAUGGAGACAUUUUUGAUGAGGAAUCAUCAUUUCUAUUCAUUUUCAACUGAUUUAUGCGAUCCGCGUUGAUAUCUGACCACAACAACACGAAAACCUUCUCCAGAGUGCUCAGGACCUCAGACUGGGCAAAAGGUUCACCUUCCAACAAGACAAUGACCCUAAGCACACAGCUAAAAUAAAGAAGG